GAAACUUGGACGCGAUGGUCUGCUCUGUGCUCCUCGACUCCUCCAUCGGCCGAGAAGCUUUGUACCCGUGAACAAAAGCAUGUGCGCAAAGCCGAAGCUGAACUCUGAAGCAGACAAGCCGUGAGUGGAUCGAUUAAUCGUCGAAGCGAUGACGCAUCCACUCUGCAACCCACCUGACAUUCUUCCUCUGGUGGCGUCUCCUCCUCUUCUACUCUACAAAACCAAGCUUACCUUCCCCUUCAUUGGACCCCCAAUUUUCAAGCUCAAUAAUGCCCGCCUCCGUCUCCAACUCAGCGUGUCGUUCAUCCCUAAGGCCGCACCACCGAGUCCCAAGCACCGCCAAUGGCGUACCAGAGCAUCCGCCGCUGAUUACGCGGCCUCGGCAGCAACACCAGAGAUUGAUAUGGCGAAGAAUAGCGAUGGGGUAUGGGCUGCAAAGCAGAAGAAAGUGGUCGUUCUGUGGGACCUCGACAACAAGCCUCCUCGCGGCCCUCCUUACCAAGCCGCCAUGGCCUUAAGAGAAGUGGCCCAACGCUUCGGACAAGUCGUCGACAUGUCCGCCUACGCCAACCGCCAUGCUUUUAUCCAUCUCCCUCAAUGGGUCCUUGAAGAACGCCGCGAGAAACGCCGCACGAAUAUCCUUGAACGCAAGGGUCUCUCCACCCCUGCUGAGCCCUACGUCUGUGGCGUCUGCGGUCGCAAGUGCCGCACCAACCUCGACCUCAAGAAGCAUUUCAAGCAGCUCCACGAGCGCGAGCGACAGAAGAAGCUCAGUAGAAUGCGUUCCCUGAAGGGCAAGAAGCGCCAGCGUUUCAAAGAGCGAUUCAUCAGUGGGAACCACAAGUAUAAUGAGGCUGCGAGGUCUUUGAUUACUCCUAAGGUUGGGUAUGGCCUUGCUUCGGAGCUUCGCCGUGCUGGGGUUUUUGUGAAGACUGUGGAAGAUAAACCGCAGGCGGCCGAUUGGGCUCUUAAGAGACAGAUGCAGCAUUCCAUGAGCCGCGGUAUCGAUUGGUUGUUUUUGGUUUCUGACGACUCUGACUUCUCUGAUAUGCUUAGAAGGGCUCGGGAUUCUAAUCUGAGAACCGUUGUUGUGGGCGAUUGGCAGAGGGCUUUGGGCCGACAUGCUGAUUUAUGGGUUCCUUGGAUUGGGGUCGAGAACGGAGAGGUGGCGGAGGAGGACUUCAUGUCCGUUGGCAGGAGGAUAGAUGAGUUCUCGGAUGGGGAUAAUGAUUUCGAUGAUGAUGGUCUACUCUCCAUAGCAUAUUCUGAUGGAGAGAGCUAUGACGGGAGCGAUUUGGAUCGUAUUACAGAUGAACUUCUUGUCAGAGACACCCAAUUCGGUAGUUUCAGGAUUUCGGCUUUUUCUGAAGGAGAAGAGGAGGAUUGGAUGAUGGAGUGAACUUGGCGAGAAAGUCCAUGGUCUUCUUCAUGAGACGGAUUUGCUUUGGGAGUAAUUAGUUAUAGGAAUCAUUGGAGGAAGAUGGGUGCUUCUAAUUUAGCAGAGCAAUAACAGGUGUUCCUCUGAUCUGAUUUGUGUGCUCUGUCCAUUCAUUCUAGUUCACUCCUGAAAUAGAUUGAAUGGUUUAGAGAACCAAGAGAUUUUCACAACAGGAAGGACCCCCAGCGACAAACGACGGAGUGGCAGCUACAUGAACAUCAGGGCGCAAAUUUGUGGAAUCAACUUUGCCUGCUGAUUGCUUCCUCAAAUGCUACUGGACAUUGAGAGCAAAGUAGUGGGAUCAGCUUGCAUUUCUGACUUGUUUCCACAAAUGCUGCUGUUGUUAGGUGUCUGCUGCAAAUGUAGCCUCGUUGCCAGUUGACCUGAGAGUUAUGGAUAUUCAGCUUAGAAGACUUUCGCUGAUGUGCAAUUAAAGUUGCAUUCAUGAUUUUUAUUGUUGUUGUUGGACUAGUUUCUUCUUGAUAGACGUAGAAUUGUCGUUUUCUAUUUGGACUGGUCCAUCCAAAUUUGAUUGUCGGUGGACAUUGGCUUUCAGUUUCAUCUUUCUGGGAUAUAUGUAAGUUUGGUCAGGUACAGAUCAAUAGUGUUGUUAUAUUGAUUAUACGCAUCAACGUUUUGCCCUUUCUCGGA